UUGCGUAUUUACUUUUCGCUUAUUUCGAUAAAGAGUUCUUUCGGUACAUUUUAACAAAUAUCGAUCGGCUCACGUUUGCUGGCCUUCACAUCGUGAAAGUAUAGAGUUGCCGGAGUCUGCGCAUGCGCAGUGGGUGUCCGUUAGGCCGUUGCUGUUGGAGCGGGAAUACGCAUAGUGAUUGACUGACAGCGGCACAUCUCUCACCUUUACUGGUCGUACAGCUGAAAUAACAGGACAGCAUGCCUCGAGAAAUUAUCACCCUGCAGCUGGGACAGUGCGGGAAUCAGAUUGGUUUUGAGUUUUGGAAGCAGCUGUGUGCUGAGCAUGGCAUCAGCCCAGAGGGCAUUGUAGAGGAGUUUGCUACAGAGGGUACAGACCGGAAAGAUGUCUUCUUCUAUCAGGCAGAUGAUGAGCACUACAUCCCUCGUGCUGUGCUGUUGGACCUGGAGCCCCGAGUCAUUCAUACCAUCCUGAACUCCCCCUACGCCAACCUGUACAACCCGGAGAACAUCUACCUGUCUGAGCAUGGCGGUGGAGCCGGUAACAACUGGGCCAGUGGCUUCUCUCAGAAAAAAAUCCAUGAGGACAUCUUUGACAUCAUUGACAGAGAGGCAGAUGGCAGUGACAGUCUGGAGGGGUUUGUGCUUUGCCACUCUAUUGCUGGGGGAACAGGAUCUGGUCUCGGGUCUUACCUGCUGGAGCGACUGAACGACAGGUAUCCUAAAAAACUGGUCCAGACCUACUCUGUCUUCCCUAACCAAGAUGAGAUGAGCGAUGUUGUCGUGCAGCCAUAUAAUUCUCUUCUGACACUUAAGAGACUGACCCAGAAUGCAGACUGUGUGGUGGUGCUGGACAAUACAGCUUUGAACAGAAUUGCUACAGACCGGCUGCACAUUCAGAACCCAUCGUUCUCUCAGAUUAACCAACUGGUGUCUACUAUAAUGUCAGCCAGCACAACGACCCUCCGUUACCCUGGAUAUAUGAACAAUGAUCUGAUUGGUCUGAUAGCGUCACUCAUUCCCACUCCCCGCCUCCACUUCCUCAUGACUGGAUACACACCGCUGACCACCGAUCAGGCCGUGGCAAGUGUGAGAAAGACUACGGUUCUUGAUGUGAUGAGGAGACUCCUGCAGCCCAAGAACGUCAUGGUGUCCACAGGCCGAGACCGCCAGACCAAUCAUUGCUACAUCGCCAUUCUCAACAUCAUCCAGGGAGAGGUGGACCCCACACAGGUUCAUAAGAGUCUGCAGAGAAUCAGGGAGAGGAAAUUAGCUAAUUUCAUCCCGUGGGGUCCAGCUAGUAUUCAGGUGGCACUGUCCCGCCGAUCUCCUUACCUGCCCUCAGCUCAUCGUGUCAGUGGACUUAUGAUGGCCAAUCACACUAGCAUCUCUUCACUGUUUGAGCGCACCUGUCGUCAGUAUGAUAAGCUGAGGAAGAGGGAGGCCUUCCUCGAGCAGUUCAGGAAGGAGGACAUUUUCAAGGACAACUUCGACGAGCUAGAUAACUCUCGCGAAGUGGUUCAGCAGCUCGUUGACGAAUACAGCGCCGCCACACGUCCCGACUACAUCUCCUGGGGCACACAAGAGCAGUGAAAGCCCCUCCACUCACUCCUUAAUGCUCUUAGAGCUGAAAAAGGCAAGCUCUAAACUCAUCCUGUAAAAUACACAGUGACUCCAGUAGCGAAUAACAGAAUUUCAGUAGUGAAUGCUCCUCCAGAGACUCCAUAAAUCUUUCACUUGCUAGAGAACAGUGUGGUGAGAACCACUUGUGUAUGUACUGUAUAUAUAUGUCGUUCGUCAUGUGUACGGGCCUAUAGAACAGUUCUUCAUAACCUGGUGCCUCUAUCCUGAGCUGUAACUUUCACUUUAACUCUCUCUCUCUCUCUCUCUCUUCCCGAUUUCUUUGAUCAGAGAAUUUAUGGCUCUGUCUUAAUCUAUUUUUGUACUGCACUCUGCACUCUUCAGCACAAAAUCUACAUCAAUCUACGUCAAGGUGGCCUGCACACAAACUUCCCUGACCACACACACGUUGGACGUCUACACCGAUAAGACUGGGUGGUCUCAGAUGAAUGUAACCGUAGGAGGGAGUGUGAAAGAUUAAGCCUCUUAGAAGAGAUCAGACUAGAAGCAGCUUAUGAAUACACCAUCUCACUCCCUCACGUUCACGCAUGCAUGCUUUUAGACAAAAGGCGCUUGCUUUCAGGGGAUAGACUAUGAUUGUGCGAUUGAAUCAAUUUUCCUCUCCGGAUUACUCUCGAAGAUUAUCUUAAGAGUUUUGAGAGACGAUCAGUAAAAGUCAAGUGUUACGCUGUACCUCAAAUCCAUCCAAUCGUUGAACCCUCGUCGGGGUCUUUUUCUAGUCAAUCAAAUCAGUGUUGUUACCUCAAAGAAAGUCUGGCAGAAUUAAUCAUACAGCACAAUCCCAACGCAUCACGUUUCCUCGUUUGAAUAAUUUAUUCUUCUGCUCUAGUCUCUCCCUCUUUCUUUUUUUUGUUUUUGUACUGGGGUGUGUUUAAAAAAUCUGUGCCAGAUUUCUGUCUCAGUGCUUUCUUUUCCCUGGUUGCCACAUGUUCUUAUUAUUAAUGUUAUACUGUGUAUAUAGUUUGCUGUCAAACUUGAUGCAUUUACUUGAAGUUCAUGAGAUUGAAUAAAUGUUUUUCUACAAGAUCA